AUGGACGGGUCGACCUCGGCGUUGUGGGGAGGAACCGCUGAUACAACGAAUCCUCCGGCAGUCGGGGCGCCUCCAACCGGAAGCCGGCAGGGGACCGGCAUGGACGGACCGACCUCGGCGCCGGACGGACACCGAGACCAGCAGAAACAACGACCACCCUACACCGCAAUGACCCUCCUGCGACCCUCAAGGUCGGCACCAGUAGCGAAGAACCGUGGACCACCGGUGGGCACCUCGGACCUCUCGGGAUCCCGGGAUCCGAGUGGUAAGCCCCACCCCUUCUCAACAAACCGCCAACAAACAACUCCGCCUACCUCGCGGUCCCAACGGAUCCUCAAUGGCCCCCCAUGGGGAGGAGCCAUCCAACGCACCAAGAAGCUCUUCGAGGCCAACCCCGGCCGUGAACGGCCCGAGGCGAGCUGUAAGGCGCCUGGAACCUCGUACCCAACCACACCCAACCCGGCUAACCAGUCGGAAACGGACUUCGUGUCAACCCUGGCCGGAAUGGCCCGUGGCGAGCCGCUGGCUCCCAGGACCCCACAGGAUAGGACGGACAACCUGACCGGCAUACAACCCCCUUCCCCCGGUGAGCACCGGCACCAUAAACCGAAGGAAAACGGACAGCAGCAAACAAAAAAUGAAAU